GGUUCCAAUUGUCAGCUGCGUCGUUGCAGCUCUCACUCCGAGUAGCGUCAUAAUUUAUACAUUUUCUGAGAGUUCAUGCUUACCAAGAUGUCGCCUCAAAAUAAAUUGAAAAAGAUGAUCGUUAAACUACCACGCCAUCCACUUAUUAUGGCAAACAGUGAUUUCGUAUAUCAGGAAUGCAUGCAAAUACGAAAAUGUCGCGUCAACUUGGAACGCAUCAAAGGACAAACAGCAGCAGCAGCAGCAGGACACCCGUUUCCCUUGAAGUCAAAACCGAAGCGUUGCUGUGUACGUGUGGCACGAUUGCCCGAUGUGGAACGCAGCGAGAUAUCCGUGACGCCAGCCAGCUCCAUAGUAUGCUCGGAUUUUGAUGAUGAUUCUUCUACUGAAUAGAUAGCAAUCAUGUAAAAGACUCGACAAACGGUAAUUUCAUAAUAUCCGGGACCCCACACUCACAUUUUGUAAUUCAUAAAUUUAAAUAAUUCUAAAAAUACAUUUGUAACGAAAUAAAAGUAUA